GCAUCGAAUAUGUAAUAUUUUGAUGUUGUUCAACCAACUGGCCGACCUGGGGCUCGGUUCAAUGACUUCAAUACAAGCAUAAACUUUUCUUAUGCUAUGGAAGAGGGAAAUAGACAUUUACUUGAUCCAGCCCCAGAUAAACAGCGAUAUUCUGCCAUGGAAGUCCAAGAUCCAGAGUCAUCUUUGGGAUCAAAGCUUGUGGAUUCCGAUGACAAUCACUCGUCGAUGAAGAUCAACAAACGCGCUCUUGUUGUCUUUUUUGGGGUUACUACUCUAGCUGCUGCGGUUAUCGUCGUUGCUGUCGUUGUUAGUCUUUAUUCAGUAGGUGAAAAGAGCUCAAGCACCAGACUAAAAAGGGAUACUUCCAAGUUUACCCUGGAUGAUAUGUUACAAGGGACAUAUAAUCCUAAACAUUAUGAAGUUGAAUGGCUGAAUGAUGAUGAAUAUAUGACAAGAGGUGAAGGUGGAAGCGUUGACAUUGUAAAUCCCACACUAAAUAUUUCAUCUACUCUUGUAAAAAAAGAAAAUGCAAAAAAUUUUGGAAUACCAAUAGUGAUAUCACCUGAUAAAAAAUUCAUCUUUUACCCAAGAAAUAAAACACAGCAAUAUAGAUACUCUUCAUUUGCAGACUACUAUGUUUAUGAUGUUGAAAAUAAUAAAGAAGAAAAGAUUCAAACAAAUGGAAAUACAAAAAUUCAAUAUGUUAGCUGGGCUCCUAAUGUCGAUCCUAAUUCUCUGGUUUAUGUUAGUAAUAAUGACAUGUAUUACAUUGCCAAUGUUCAAGUGCCAUUACCAGCUAGUGUUCGGUUAACUAAUACUGGAAAAGAACAUGUGAUAUUCAAUGGCGUACCUGACUGGGUCUAUCAAGAGGAAGUGUUGAAUGCUGAAUAUGCUUUGUACUUCUCAAAGAAUGGUAAAUUUCUGACAUAUAUUGAAUUUGAUGACACUAAUGUCAAAGACUUUGUGUUCCCAUGGUACGGUUCAUCCAGUAAUGAGUACACAAAACAACACAAAAUAGCCUAUCCAAAGCCUGGCACUUCUAAUCCACUGAUCAAGGUCAAGGUUAUAGAUCUAUCAAAACCUAGUAAAGCUAUUGAAGUUCCAAAGCCAUYGUCUAUAAGAAAAGGUGACCAUUACGUAGUACAAAUUGGCUGGCUAAAAGAUAGUCUAUUUAGUGUCCAGUGGUUGACCAGGGACCAGAACUACAGCAUCACUAACCUGUGUCAACUGGUCGAUGAUCCCAGCAGAGAUAACAUUGAUUGUAAUAAAAACAAGGGCCAUGUUGAAAAAGUCAAUAAUGGCUGGGUCGAUGACCAGUACAUGUCACCAAUUCUUGGUGACAACUACUAUAUAGUCAGAUAUCCAUUCAAACAAGGAGAUGAUGGUGACUACCUUCACAUUGCGAAAGUUGAUAUUGGGAGUGGAGAGAUAACACCAAUAACAUCUGGUAAAUGGGAAGUUACAAACGUGUAUGCAUUUGAUGACCAAAGAGAACUUCUGUUCUUUGAGAGCACUCGAGAAUCUCCUGUUACACGUCACAUCUACAGUGUGUCUAUAAAAGACAAUGUCAUUACCUGUCUAUCCUGUAAUCUCCCAGAAGUUAAAAGGGGUGAAUCUAGUUACUUUAGAGCUUCAUUCAGUAAGAAGGGUAGCUGGUAUGUGCUUGAUAGUCAAGGACCAUCUGUUCCUUGGACACGACUCUACAGCAGCAAAGACCCAACCAAAGUGGUUUUAUUGGAAAAUAACCAGGAACUAAAAGAGAAGUUGAAAAAACUACCGAUGGGUAAGACGAAGAUUAUCAAGGUUCCAAGUGACAAUAACGAGAUCUACACCAAGAUAUUUUACCCACCAUUUUUCGAUGAGAGAAAGAAGUAUGCUGUGAUGUUCUACGUCUAUGGCGGCCCUUCUACUCAAAGUGUGUCAGAUGCAUGGAGCCUUGGCUUUGAAGCUGGUUAUCUCUCGCAUAAUUUCGACAUGAUAUGCGUCUAUGUUGACGCUCGAGGAACAAUGGGAAGAGGACAGAGGUUUAAACAUGCUGUAUUCCAUCACCUUGGUAGAUACGAAGCUACUGACACAAUUAACGUUGCCAAAUACAUGCGAAACUUACCGUAUGUGGACAAAGACAAAAUAGCCAUCUGGGGAUGGUCUUAUGGUGGUUACCUAACGUCGUACGUUCUUGGGCAAGAUACUGGUGUAUUCAAGUUGGGCAUGGCUGUUGCCCCGGUGGCAGACUGGAGAUAUUAUGAUUCAAUAUACACGGAACGUUACAUGGGAUUACCACAGUACAACAAGGAGGGCUACGAAGAAUCAUCAGUUCUUCCACUAGCCAAGAAUUUCAAGAACGUACACUAUUUGUUGGUUCAUGGUACGGCUGACGAUAAUGUUCACUUCCAAAACUCUGCUCAGCUUGUCAAGAAAUUAACAGAAGAAGAAAUAGAAUUCCAGGUUCAGUUCUACACGGAUAAGAACCACGCCCUAGCCGGUGACGGUACGUCAGAACACCUUUACCAUCUCUUAACCAGAUUCUUAAAAGAAAAAGGAAUCGCUUUUUCUUCAAGCUGAACGAAACACUUGCUACGUUGGAAUCUAAUGUAAGAUAAGCUAAGAACCUGCUACAUGACCUGGUACUAAGUAGUAUUAGCUUAGUAUUCUAGUUAGAAAUGCUGUCGUUGGCAAUGACAUACAUUUUCUAUCUAACUUCAAUACUAUUUAUUCAAACUACUAAAGCUAUGAAAACAACUGCUUUCAAAUUUUUGGGACCAGUAGCGAGGUCCUGGGUAAGGCCAUGAUCUACCAGGAAUUUGUCUGGCUGUUGUCUGGCUUUUUUUAGUUUGUUAUCAGAGCUUUAGAAAGCUCUUGGCUUAAAUGGGGUUUUGGUUCGUAGACUGCUUUGUUUUUUUUUUGGAAAGCAAAAGCGCUUAGAAUGGAGCAAUUUUUGGGAAAUAAAUUUCAGUUUACUUAGAGAAAAAAUGACGGGGGAAAGCAAAGCCAAUUUUGUUUUAGCCAUGCUUUGGUACACUUAAAUAAUCCUUAGAAAUAACAAUAUUUAAGUAAUAUAUUGGAGAAUCCAAUUUGGGAUUAAAAUUCUCGGUAAUUUAGAGGGAGGAAAAAAAAGGUAAUUCGAUAAAAGUAGCUGUGUUGUUCUUAGUGAUGUUUUGUGCACCAUUAUUAUAUAUAUAUAAGUAAUUGUUUUCAGUUCUUUAACAAAGUAAGGGACAUAUAUCAAGAUUUAUUUAUUUAUUUUCUGCUGAAGGAUGAAAUCCCAGUAGACGCCUUUCAGCAACAGUCCAUUUGCACUAAAGGCGUGAUUGCAACUUGUCUAGAGCAACGGAGACGCAAUCGUUGCCAAAAAUAGAAAUGAAUUCUACUUCUGGCAACGAUUGGUGCAACUUAUCUCGCAACAUAUAUUCGAAUUGCGCUGUAGGUUACACGCUGCAAUAAUGCUCUUUUCCCUUUUGAAUUUCAUGUUGACACUAGUGCUCGAUUUAAGUGGGUUGUGGUCACGUGACCCGUAAGCGUAAAUGGCCUAUCACCAAAGCCGCUCAAUUCAGAGAUGGCAAAACGAUGUAUUUUAAUUCUACACACAACAGUAAAAUUCUAUUGUUUUGUCCUCUGAAUUGAUCUGCAUUGAGAAUAUCCUACGAGGAGUCUACAUGCCUGCUAGUCUGUCUUGUAGAUGCGCAUGAGUGGAAAAUAGAAGCAGACUUGUCAGGCGUGAAAAGACUUCACUCUCACGAAACCGAGCGUGGUCUCGUGUAAGUUUCGGUACAAACUCGGCGAUGACUCGUUUUCAUUGGGUUAGGCUGGAACUAGCCUAUCGUGUCCAUUUGUUAUCAUUGAAUCCUAUUGGACUGUUUAUGGUUUUAUUUUUGUCAUACAUCUGAGAUUUAUUAACGGUGCCAAAACCGACAUUUGGAAAUAUCGUAAAAAAUACUUAAAAUUUAAAAAUUGAAUCCAAAGAAUUGUUCAUGAUCAUGUAUUCAAUCAGUACGAGAGACCAUGGUCUCUUGAUCAAUGCUAAAUGGAAUAAUCUAAUAAUAAUAAUAAUAAUAAUAAUAAUAACUUUAUUUACGUGUCGAAAUUUUCUGGUUUACAAUAAAUUGUGAACUAAUAGAGGACGCCUAUGUUUUUGUGUGUGUGUGUGUGUGUUUGUGUGUGUGCAAUAGUUUGGGGAGUAGGAGCUUUUUAAAUCUUUUUCAACAUCUUUGCGAAUAACCAGACGUGUACGCUUUAAUUAAGGACUUUCUAAAUGCUUUGCUAAAUAUUUUAAAGUAUAGUAAAACUUUUCUCGGAUUCGGAUUCUUGCGCACUCUGACACAGGAUUCCCACUUUGGAUUUCUUUGGAUUCCCAAAUCGAUUGAAAACACUGAAUGAAUUCAGUAUAUAAAGUAUACACACUAUUUUGCACCUAAAACACUUCAUGUACUAUUUAGUAUUGUUUCUACAAAUAUAUUAUAAAACCACUUAGUGUGCAUAUAUGAAGUAUCUACCUCCUUUUAAGUAUUUUGUUCUAUUUAUUGUCCGCAAUUGUUGUUUUUUUCAACGUAAACGCAAAAUGUUGUACACAUUUAUUAAUUCACUAGGCCGUAAAAUAUUAUCAUAAGGGAUAUAUUAGUUAAACCCACCCAGAAUUCUGGGUACAAGUUAUGCCGCCAUCUUGUUUUCUGGACGAGAUGACCUUAUUUACACUAGAAAUGCCUUAGAAGUUUUAAUAGUAGAAUAGUUAGAAUAGUUAAGAAAAUGGCGUUUUAGCCCGUCACUUUUCGUUACCCAAAAUCAAAUCAAAUAGAUCGUAAUUUUCUGGUGAAAGGCCUUGGCACAGGCAGCCCAACAAAAGCGGAAGGCCUUAGGAGGGGCCAGCGUCAGGACUAUGAAACUAAGAAAGGAUCUUUUUGUGUUUGAAAACACCGCACGCGGCAACGGUACGGAAUUCACGUUAUUUCGCACGUAUAACUCAUAGGCAUUAUAUUAAUUCCUUAUUACAGAAAAAUAUAUUUCGUGAUAAAGACUGAUGUAAAAUAAUUUAAUUGUUCGUAAAAUGGGAGACAAUAUGUCAUGGUCAAAAAUUACAGUCAAGCCUCUAAUACGGACAGCAAAGUAACCUACCUUUGACCGUAUUAUGACCGUAUUAUGAAGGGUUUUUAUUGAAUACUUUAACGAAGGAAGUGCCCGUAAUGGAGCAGUGUCCAUAUUAUAGAGGUUCGACGGUAGUUAGUAUCACAAUCCAUAGAAGCAGCACAAAGGCAAUAGUCAUUUCACUCGACCUGUAUGAAACCGGUUUAUUAGUUAUGUAAAUAUAAAAUCCUUUACAAUAGUCAGGGGUGGGUCUAUAGGUGGGGUGCAUCAAGAAAGACGUAGUGGCAGCCAUAUUGAUUAGCAUAACAUUAAAAGUCCAGACUUUAUCUUUUGUUUAUGUCAGCCAACAUGGCGGCUAUGACGUCACAUGCCUUCUUAAAAUAGUAAGGAAUUUAAUGGUAGUCCAGUAUUUCGGAUGAAGUCAUCAAGUACGUCACUUUAGGAGAAAUAUUGACUUUCAGACGCAGAGGUGCCUCUGAAUCAGGGCAGUUUGAAAUGACUAUAAGCUGGAGAUGGUAAAUAUUAUACGUGAUAAACUUGUAAAUUAAUGAGGGUAAAAUAAAAUAAACCAAAGCAAAGUA